UUUGAUUAGCUAUCUGUUUUUUUUAAAAAUAAAUCAAUACAGCCUUCCAUUAGCCAAAAAAAAAAUAAUCAUCAUUUGCUGCAAUAAAUUAGCCAUUUGAAACAAAAAGAAUUUAUUUUUUCUUUCCAACACAAAAAUGAUUUUAUUAGAAUUCAAUAAUCGUGUUAUUGAAGAUAUUCUUCGUUUGAAAAUUUCUGAAUAUGAAAAAAAUAAUAAAGCCGAUUCAGUUGAAGUAACUGUUGCCGAUUUUGAUGGUGUUAUAUUUCAUAUUUCAAAUUUGAAUGGUGAUAAAACCAAAAUACGUAUCAGUAUUUCAUUAAAAUUUUAUAAAGAAUUACAACAAUAUGGUGCUGAUGAUCUACUCAAACGUGAAUAUGGUGAUUAUCUGAUGAAACCAGCCGAAGAUGGUUACAAUGUUACAUUAUUAUAUGAUUUAAAAAAUCUACCAACGGAUAAAGAAUCAAUGAUACAGAAAGCAUCAUUAUUAAAACGUAAUUGUUUUGCAUCGGUAUUUGAAAAAUAUUUUGAAUUUCAAGAAAAUGAUAUAAAAAAUAAUAAUCGUGCCGUUAUACAUUAUCGUGAUGAUGAAACAAUGUAUGUUGAAGCACAAUUAGAUCGUGUUACAGUUAUAUUUAGUACAAUAUUUAAAGAUGAAGAUGAUAUUGUAUUGGGUAAAGUAUUUAUGCAAGAAUUUAAAGAAGGUAGAAAAGCAUCACAUACAGCACCACAGGUAUUAUUUUCACAUCGUGAACCACCACGUGAAUUACAAGAUACUGAUGCACGUAUUGGUAAUAAUAUUGGUUAUAUAACAUUUGUAUUGUUUCCACGACAUACCUGUAAAGCAAAUAGAGAUAAUACAAUUAAUUUAAUACAUACAUUUCGUGAUUAUCUUCAUUAUCAUAUAAAAUGUUCAAAAGCAUAUAUACAUUCACGUAUGCGUGCAAAAACAUCUGAUUUUCUAAAAGUUUUAAAUCGUGCCCGGCCGGAAAAAAUUGAAAAAGAAAAACGUAAUAUUAAGGGUAAAAUUAUGAACAUUCGUUGAUGGAAAUCAUCCAGAAAAAAUUGGAAGCAAAAAUCAAGAAAUUCACAAAAGCAAUAUUCAAAUUUUAUAAUCAUGACACAUCAUUUACCAUGGAAUUUCUUUUAUC